UUAUCAUACAUAGCAGCAUAUGUGUAGAGAACCUAGGAUAACCCAAAAAAGUCAGACAGAGUGACUUAUUUCCAUUGGGGUCCUUGUUUAUACAAGAAUUUCGAAGUAUUUAAUAGAGCGGACUUUAUUCGGGUUACUAACUCGGGAGGAAUAAUAACCCCCCCAAAAAAGCCACUCAGUGGCUUAUUUUUCCUGAGGGCCUAGGUCCUUUUUUCCCAGGAAGUGCUGCAUAACACCAGACUAACCUAAGAUGGAAGGAGAAAAAGAUAUAGCAAAGGAGGCAGUUUUGGUUCACUCUGAACCAGUACCAGAAGGAACACCUACAGUCAGAGGUUAUGACUUCAAUGAUGGCAUCAACUACCAUGAACUUUUCCAGACAUAUAGAUAUUCUGGCUUUCAAGCAACAAGCUUUGGUUGUGCAGUGGAAGAAAUUAAAAAGAUGAUAACAUGCAGGGACAUGCCAGUGCCAGAAAAUUUUAGUGAUGAUUUGGAAGAAGAUGAAUAUAUCAAAAUUCGUAGGAAUUGUACCAUUUUUCUUGGUUAUACUUCCAAUAUGGUGUCAUGUGGAGUCAGAGAAACUAUCAGAUUUUUGGUGGAGCAUAAAUUGGUGGACUGUUUGGUGACCACUGCAGGUGGCAUUGAAGAAGACCUUAUCAAGUGCCUUGCUCCUACAUACCUUGGUGACUGGUAUCUCAAGGGAAAGGAUCUACGCAUUAAGGGUCUCAAUAGGAUAGGUAACCUCAUUGUGCCCAAUGACAACUACUGCAAGUUUGAGGAUUGGGUGAUGCCAAGACUUGAUGUUAUGUUUGAGGAACAGAAAAGUAAGGAUAUUGUUUGGACACCAUCGAAGAUCAUUGCACGGCUGGGAAGUGAAAUCAACGAUCCAUCAAGUAUUGCUUAUUGGGCAGCUAAAAACAAAAUUCCAAUCUUCAGUCCAGCACUAACUGAUGGCAGUUUAGGAGACAUGAUGUACUUCCAUGGUAUCAAGAGUCCUGGUCUCGUUGUGGAUAUUAAUUCUGACUUGCGGAAGUUAAACCAAUUUUCUAAGAAAUCAUUAAACACAGGAAUGAUUAUUGUGGGUGGCGGCAUCAUCAAACACCACAUCUGUAAUGCCAACCUCAUGAGAAAUGGAGCCAACUUCUCGGUGUUCUUAAACACAGCCAGUGAGUGGGACGGUAGCGACAGUGGUGCUCGACCUGAUGAAGCUGUGUCUUGGGGCAAGAUUAAGAUGGAUGCCACUCCUGUCAAAGUAUAUGGUGAAGCAUCAUUUGUGUUCCCACUCCUGGUUGGCGAGACAUUUGCAAGACACUACUACCAAAAUCGAGAUGUUCAAACAGAAGAAAUGUAAUGACAGUAUUCUAGCCUAGUGUCAGGAGCUCAAUGAAUUUAUUAUUACAAUCACAACUACAUGUAAGUGCUAAACCCAUAAUGAGGGUCGUGCAGUGCUGUCAAAGAAUUUAUAUGCAGUGGACCCUAGAAUUUCAUAAUCCCUUUUAUGUGUGUAAAACUAUAGUUAUCCUCUAUAAAAUGUAUUUUUUGUUUAUAUUUCCCAUAAUAAAAAAUGUAAAUCCAAUUAAUCCAUUCCAGACACCCAAAAAUAUUAACAAAAAAUACAUUUUAUGGAGAAUAACUAUAGUUUUACAUUCAGAAAAGGGGUUAUGAAAUUUGAGGGUCCACUUGUAUACAUAUUUUAUUUAAAGGUAAGACAAGACAGUUGAAUAUGAAAAAAAAAAAUCAGGUAAUUUAACCUUUUUUAUACUGUGAAUAUACAAGUCAUUGUAUAUCAGGAAAGAAUAAGCGCCAAUAAAGCCAAAAUCCGUUUUAGUGAAUGAACAGUUCUUUAAUGGAAGUUAUUAUCAGAACCCUUUAACAGAGUAUAAACACUUGAGCUUCAUAGCCCUGAUCUCCCCCCGUGCCUGCAUUUUACUCCAUUUGAAUUUGGCACGUAAUUUUUUUUUGUCACACUGCCUCGUGUGUUGUGCUUUAUAGCCAGAACCUUCCAACUUGGCCUGUAACGUAGUACUCAUUUCUGCUAUAAGUGCAAAAAUCAGUGGCAAGAUUAAAAAGCUGUUGUAGUUCAUUGAUUUUAAAUAUUACUAAGAUAUGGGAAGAUUGUGUAGAGUAAACAAACCCAGCAAAAGACAGGGGUACUGUGGGCACAAUAAGAGAAUAUUGUAUCAGUAUAUAUGGUCUGAGACUUUUAAAUAUAUUGCCAGAAGAUAUCAGAAACUGCUGGAACAAGUGUAGAAAUCUUAGAGAAAACUACACAUGUUCCUUCCCCAAGUGUCAAAUUAAUUCAACUGUGGGCAGCAACAGCCUAGCCUGGGAUAUGGCUGUAAGAGUAGGAAAACUCAAAGGUAAAUUAUUAAUCAAAAAGAAGCACUAAACCACAAGGGUUAUACAGCAUCAGAGGUAACUAACUUUGGCAGAAUUUUGAUUAAUCUCUCCUAACUUAUCUGUAUUAAAUUCUAUCAAAAUUGUUUUAUGUAUAAUAAAGUUGCAACCAUAUUAUUUUAUAAAGGAAUGUUUUCAUGCAUAAGUGAAAUUUUUCAGAAAGAUUUGUUUGACUGACUUUUGUUAACCCUUUCACUGUCACAACCCCAAAAUUAAAGUGUGGACAGUGUUGUGAUUUUUUUUUUUUUUUUUAACGUUGGCGGUUUCCUACCGAGGCAGGGUGACCCCUGAAAAAAAAAAAAACUUUCAUCAAUCAACACUUUCACUGUCUUUGCAGAGGUGCUCAGAUAUGACAGCGUAUACAUCCCUCCUUUAAAGUGCAGGCAUUGUACUUCCCAUUUCCAGGACUCAAGACCAGUUUCCCUGAAUCCCUUCACAAAAAUAUUACCCUGCUUACACUCCAACAGCUCGUCAGGUCCCAAAAACCAUUUGUCUCCAUUCACUAUCUACCAUGCUCAUGCCUACUUGCUGGAAGUCCAACCCCUUGCCCACAAAACCUCCUUUACCCCCUCCAUCCUUUUCAAGGAUGACCCCCUACCCCACCUUCCUUCCCCUACAGAUUUAUAUGCUCUCCAAGUCAUUCUACUUUGUUCCAUUCUCUCUAAAUGACCAAACCACCUCUUCAGCCCUCCUAAUACUUUUAGUAACUCCACACCACCUAAUUUCCACACUACGAAUUCUCUGCAUAAUAUUUACACUGCACAUUGCCCUUAGAUAGGACCUUUCCAGUUACAACCCGUGCUUCACACCCAUAUAAGAGUGUUGCUACCACUAAACUCUCGUACAUUCCCUUCUUUGUCUCCACAGAUACCUCAGUGCACCACUCGCCUUUUUUUCCUUCAUCAAUUCCGUGGUUAACCUCAUCCUUCGUGAACCCAUCCACUGACAAGUCAACUCCUAAAUAUUUGAAAACAUUCACUUCUUCCAUACUCACUCCCUCCCAAUGUGACACCAAUUUUUCUUUAUCUAAAUCAUUUGAUACUCUUAUCCAUGUUCACUUUCAACUUUCACCCUUUAUUUUAUUUUAUACAAUUGUAAGAGAAUUUUUCUUAUAUGACACCAAAAAUGUGAAAUUUGAUGGAAAAUAUACAAAAUUACACAAGUGUAAAGGUGGAGCAAUUUCUCCCAUUCUGUGGCUCUUUUAGGCCAAUUCCAUUGCUCACAUUAACUCAAUUCCUGAUUUUGCUACUAUGCCUUCCAUUCAAUUGAUCAAGCAUGAAAAAUUUCCCAUUCCUCUACAGGUAUAACACUGAUUUUCUAGCAAUGGAUUGUCCAGCACCUCUCUUAAUUUGGACAAAAUUAUGAGAGGGCACUUAAUAAAAAACUUACUUGAGUAAUGUUUGAGGGAAGCAUGUGUCUGAUGCAGUUACAAUUCAUUGCUUCAAUAGAAAAUGUGCAUAGUUAAUACAAUAUCAGGGACUGUUAUAAUUUAACCAUACAGUUUUCUUAGUUUUCUUUAAAAAGCACUUAGACUUUCAUGCCUCUCUCUUUUUAGCAUCUCCAGCAUUACUAUUAUUCCUUCUGAAAUUUUACCAUUUAUUCAUUAGUUAUAACCUUUCUUACUGUACAUAUGACUGUAGUUAACUGCACAAUAAAUCCUACUUAAUAGUCUUGUUUGCCCAAAAUGCACUGCAUACCAGUGGCUCUUUUGCACCUACCAUGUUUUAUUACAUGUAAGCUACACUAUACUGCACAAAUAAAAAUUGUAUUGUAUAUAUACUGUAUUGUUAAUUACCAGAGAGGAGACAGGGUGAUGAAAAGGCCUUAAAUGGAGUGAUGGAGGGUGUGGUGGUGCUGAGUGAUUUAUUUAUUUAUGUCUUUGCAAAUAGUACAUUGAGAUUAUGUAUUUACAAUAGUGGGUUGCAAUGCAAAGAGAGCCUCUAUUAUGCCUAGGCAUUAUGGGCCAACUUAACAUUAUUGGCUUACUGACUACUUAACACUAAGAAUUAUAUCAUAGUUGUACAGUAGAUUAUUAAUUAUAAGUGAAUCUAAUGUAUAUAAUAUUCAUAUAUUCAAAAAUGCUUUUUGUGAAACGAUGAUUCAAUUGUAUUCCUGUCGACAAUGGAUAAAAGGUUCGAAAGUAAUUGUUGAAAUUAUGAUAUGGGAAUAUAUAUCGAGUAUGUGAGUACUGAGUAUUGAGCAUUUAGUCUAGGGUGAUUAAGUGACUUUUGAGAAGAGUCUUAAAUUGAUUUUCAGACCGGGUUACUUUAGUAUCUUCUGGUAAUGAAUUCCAUAUUUUGGGGCCCUUUAUGUGCAUAGUUUUUACACAGUGUGAUGACUCCAACUGGCCAGUCUAAUGCACAUUUAGGAAUGCACCGACAUUAUUUAUACAAUAAUGCAGUAGUCUGCAUAACAGUAAAUCUUCUAUUUUUUGUGUAAAUAAAAAUUAAAAAUGAAAAGCAAGUGUAAUAUAAGAGGGGCCUGGAGAUGUAGCUAAGGAACAGAGAAAAUGCUUAUUUAGUGCCAGGAAUGUCUACAUUAUUUAUUCUGGACCAUAUUUUCAAACUGGCAAUAAUUGAAUCUUGUAUGAAAUUGGCCAAAUCACCAAUUUCUGAUUACUUUAUUGAGUAGUUGAAAUAGGUAAAUGGGUGGUUUCUUGUACUCAGUAGAAUGGAAGGAAUACUAGUGAAAUAGCUGAGCUUGGUAGACUGGAACAAUGGAAUUGACCAAAAAUAGAACACAAAGUGGGCAAAUCGCCAAUGCAUAAAUAUCACAGAUUGCUAAUUUUGCGAGAUCGUAAUUCUGUAAGUUUUCGUCAAAUUUCAUAUUUUUGGUUUCAUUACCUUCAGAAAAAGAUUCUCUAUCAUUUCAUAAGAUAAAAUAAUUUUUUUUUUUUAAAUUCUUCAACCCCAUGAGCAAAUUUGAGAGCAGGGGGUCUCAACACUGAAAGGGUUAAGAAAUUUAUUUAGAAUUUAGGGGCACAAGUUGAAAUAAUAACAUGGAAAUGUGAUUUUCAAAAGACUGCUCUUGAAAAUAGGAAUGUGGUUUGCAAAUGAUUUUUUUUGGAGUUGCUAAGAAUUCAUCUCAAGUGUCAAAUUGAAAAAAAAAUAGCUGGAAAAUUAAAUUUUACUGAAGCAGCUUUGAGAAUUGAGAAUAACAGAAAAUGCAUAAAUAUAAAAAAACUAACAAGAGGUCAUAUUAAUCUAGUGAUUGCAUGCCUGCACAAAAUAAACUCAAAAUACAUUGUGAUGUCAUGCAGCCAACAAGAGGGGUAUUAACAGGUAUGUUCAGUUAUAAAAAGGCAACAGCAUCACUAGCUUCAUUCUAGCAGUACAAGCUCAUAAAAUUAUAUGUGCUAACUGAAUAUGGAAAGCUUAAUUUACCAAUUAAACAAAUUUACAUAAAUUAACCUGUCUUGGUCAUUCACUGCAGGGGGUAGUGGAGGUUUGGAGGCUUGUUGCAAGACCUCUAAUCCAUAGAUUUAAUUCUGUGAUGUAAACAACCUAAUGUGUUCGAUUAAUAAUACUGACCUAUUGCAUCAGUCAUAUGAAGUACUAUUGCAGUUCAGAAUCCUUUAUCCAAAAUCCUUAGGACUGGAAAUGUUUUGGAUUUUGGAAUAUUUGCAUUUAUAAAAUGGGACAGCUUGGGGAUGGGACCCCAAGUCUAAACACAGUACUGUACCAAAAAAAAAAAAAAUAACUCCUUACAAAAAGAAGAUACUGUAUUUUACGGCACUGAAGACAUUAUUUUUUCCCAAAAUAAGUCUGGGUAAAUUUUCUAGUCUAGGAGGCCAAUGGUUACAUUGCUUAUAGGCCUCAACCUAAGCCUAGAGAAGUGUUUCCAUACUAGACAGCAAUCUAAGCUCCUGUAUAUGAUCAAUAAUGAAUCAUGUAAACUAUUUUGCAUAAAUGAUGAAUAAUCAUAAUCAUAAAAAUUUGUUGGGACUUACCACCAGUAGGCUAAGGUAAACCAGGCGAUGAAGUCAGAUGGACUACAGGUAGUAUCAGUAGGCUAAUUCGCCUGUUUACCAUCAAACCACCCAGUAAUAUUUUUACUUACCUCAAACGAUCCUGAUAUUAAAGGAACAUUAUUACAUAUAAAAAGCAAAGGUAAAAUUGCGGUAUGUAUACAGUAGUAAUACACAAAAGCAGCCAUUUGCACACUGUAGGUUUGUUUUGGUCAUGUUACAGUACAAAUGUACUUUUAUUAAAUAGUAAAAUCAAUAAACUUAAAAACAUAAAAUGUUUUUAAAAUGCAUGAAAAAACCAUCACAAUUCAAUAUGCAGUCCUAGCCACACACACAUCCAGUUGCACACCUCUAUCUUUAUCAAGACAGUGAGUAGAAAGAGAACACGUCCACUCAGGUCCAGUUCACAUACUGAAUGUGACUCACACGAGUGAUAGUGUCCUGUAAAUGUUCAAUUGCAGCUAAACUGAGUAAUAUUGAAAGACAAAAAUACUGCCAAGUACAAAAAAACUGAAGAACCAUUCAGUACAUAAAGACAGACAAUACUUCAACUUGAAAUACUAAGUGAUGAUGUAAGAAGAACAGAGGGAAAUAUAUCUUUGUUCAUUACAAGCAGUUGACCAUUUAGGUUAAAUACAGUCUCUGCUUACUUAGUGACGUACACAUUUACCGACAACUCGGACUUACGACGGGUUCUCUGACCAGUAUGCAUACCUAAAAAAUGUAUAUUAGAGCUGAUUUCCUCUAUUCUGUUUAUUACAAUAUAAAGUACACUACUUUAUAAACAUUUAAAAAUAUACCAGAAAUGUUAUAAAUGGUGCAAAGGUGACAUUAAAACAAUAUCAAAGAUGGUUGACACAAAUCCACUACCAUUAUAGUAUGCUCCUCACUUAGUGACAAAUUCAUUUACCAAUGUGGUCUUAGGAACAAAACUCCAUUGUAAAGUGAGGAGAGGCUAUAUUUAAUGCUGUGUCUUUUCUUAAAUUUUUGUAACCAGCCUGCUGAAUGUUCACAGUUACUUUCAACAUUCAUUUCAUCACGAUAGAUUCUUGCUUGUUUCAUAAUCAGUGUGGAGAAAAUUCUCCAGUAAAAGGGGUAUCCCUCAGCCCUCUGAGAGACAUAGGCCCUCCUGGAAGUGGCUAGUGGACUCUUCCUUCCUCACAAAUAGCUCUUUGAGGAACAUGUAUAUGUACCAGUGUCACGAGGCAUGCCUUCCUCUCCUUAGCUGGAAAAUUAAGAGGAAACCUGCGCCCCACGUGUCCUACAAGUUGGGAUAUUAUGACUUCUAGUAUACGGCUAAACAACAAGGAAACAACCUUCUUAAGAUAUUCCUUGUUACAAUGUGUAGCAAGAAAGAGAUAUAAAGCUGAACUCAGCAGUUCUUUGUGCGGAUGUGAACUGGUGGGCGAUCUGGGCAGGGCAACAAGAUAGGCUGAAUUCAGAUACCAGAGUGUGAACACAGUCACAAAUCUCCCUCUGAUAACAAAGAAAAUAACGACUCUGUGUGGUAAACUCUGAAAUACUGUCAAUCUCCACUAGGAAAACCAGUAUUAAAAAAAAAAACACGAGUGUAUAAUCCGCUGUACUAUCCCUAUAAAGUGUAAAAGUUUGUGUUGCGGUAUGCAUUCAAUUGUUAUGAACAAAGGGACAAGAUAUCACCCUAUCGCAUAAAGAGUGACCAAAGUGACUCCCUAUUGACGAGUGAGGAAAUAACUAUGCAUCUGUAUCAGCCUACUCAAGACAACUAUACCGGGAUAUACUUCCCCUACCACAAACUAGGGGAAAUUGGGUCGUUACAAUACCCAGUUAAGUCCAGCCAUACCCACUUCUAAUUAUGUUAGCUGUAGCUAAUAGGUGGAGGUGAGAUUUGACUGGAAUUACCAGUAGAUCCCGUGACAUGCGGGUGAUUCACCAAAACCCAAGUAUCACUACACAUUUCAGAUGAUACUGAAAUGCUGAGAUAUAUGCUCCUUUGGGGCCAAUUGUAUAACAAACUUAUUAACCAACAGCCACUGUGGAAACUGGGACGGCACUCCAAAGGGAUUUCCAGGGAGAGGCUGCUGGACAUCAUGCUGUGAAAAGAAUAGUAACGCUUGUUUUAUGUUUGUUUCGUGCAAGAAAGUGUACUUAUCUAACCAGUUCUUCAUGAUCAGCAUUCUGUUAAGCAGCAUAUGCUCACUCUGACAUUGAUGAAUCCACUCAUCAAUACACGACCGAGAUCUUCAUUUUUCCCUCUUUGCAAUGCUUUUCUAUUUUUUAACUUCUGUACAUCACUUUCAACAUAGAUUCAACAGCUUGGUCUUGUUUCUUUAGGUCAGCGCUGUAUAGCCCAAGUGGUUUAGCACUUCUUUUUGAUUAUAAUGAUAAUAAUGUUUCUUUAGGUCAUAGAUAAUGGUUGUUCCAACGCCAAACUUCUCAGUUAGAUGCUUCACACUUACAUCGCUCUCAAGUUUUUCCAACAACCUGACUUUCUGUAAUAUAGAUAAACAUAAAUGCUUUCUCCUU